AAUCCGGAAGCAGUCGGUGCGGGAGCUCUGGUAGCGGGGAGUGCCGGCAGCGGGGACAGCCGGGAGCCGGCAGCGUCAGACGCGAGGAGAGUCCCGAGUCUGGAGCGCCAGGAGCCGCGAGCGUCGGGAGUGGGCCCGGUCCCCUGGCAGGAUGACUAUAAGGAUCUUUGCAAAUUGUACCUUCUGUUUGAAAGUCAAGCACUUACCUCGUCAACAAAAGAAAAAGCUACAAAAUGACAUUAAGGAGAAUGGUGGAAAUUUUUCCUUUUUAUUAAAUCCUCAGUGCACACAUAUAAUCUUAGACAAUGCUGAUGUUCUGAGCCAGUAUCAACUGAAGUCUAUCCAAAAGAACCAUAUCCAUAUUAUAAACCCAGAUUUUAUAUGGAACUCUAUCAAAGAAAGGAGCCUCUUGGACAUAAUGAAUUAUGAUCCUAAUAAGGCAGUGGACAUCACACCACCUCCUUGUCAAAAGGCAAGCAGUUCUGAGGUGACAACAGAUGAUCCAUCCCUGGACGACUCCAUGGAGAAGGAAAACAUUGUGGAAUUCACGGAGUUUUAUAAAGACAUUGUUGAAAUUCCUCGUUUUCCACAAGACUUUGAAGUUGCAAAAUAUAACACCUUGGAAAAAAUCGGGGCAGAGGGAGGUAAGGAGGUGGCAGUGCUAGAACUGCAGAGCUCCCAGGACCCCGAGGACCCUGCCUUUCUCACAUCCGCACAUUUCCUCUUGGCUAGUGGCCUCACGACUAGAAAGUCCUCUGUAAAGAAAACCUCUGCAGAUGCAAGUGAAUACUACGAAAAUUACAUUGAAGAGCUGAAGAAACAAGGAUUUCUGCUAAGAGAACAUUUUACACCGGAAGCAACCCAAUUAGCAUCUGAAAAACUGCAAGCAUUGCUUUUGGAGGAGGUAAUAAAUUCAAGCACUCUGAGCAAAGAAGUGAGCAAUUUGGUGGAGAUGGUUUGGGCGGAAGCUCUCGGCCACCUGGAGCACAUGCUUCUCAAGCCUGUGAACAGGAUUAGUCUCCAUGACGUGAGCAAGGCAGAAGGACUUCUCCUUCUAGUAAAGGCAGCAUUGAAAAACGGAGAAACAGAAGAACAACUGCAAAAAAUGAUGACUGAGUUCUACAGAUUAAUACCUCACAAAGGUACAACAACUGAAAAAGUGACCCUGAGACUAUUGGCUAAGAAAGAGGACCUCUGCCAGCUAAUAAGAGACAUGGUUAAUGUCUGUGAAACUAAUUUGUUCAAACCCAACCCCCCAUCCCUUGCCAAAUACCGAGCUUUGAGAUGCAAAAUUGAGCAUGUUGAACAAAACACUGAAGAAUUUUUCAGAGUUAGAAAAGAGGUUUUACAGAAUAAUCACAGCAAAGGUCCAGUGGACAUCUUGCAGAUAUUUAGAGUUGGCAGAGUGAAUGAAGCCCCAGAGUUUUUGAGCCAGCUUGGCAAUGUGAAGUCCUUACUGCAUGGAUCUCCUGUACAAAGCUUUGUAGGGAUCCUGUCCCGUGGGUUGCUUUUACCCAAAGUAGUUGAAGAUCGUGGCACAAAGAGAACAGACAUUGGAAAUCUUGGGAGUGGAAUAUAUUUCAGUGAUUCACUCAGCACAAGUAUUAAGUACUCCCACGCAGGAGAGACAGAUGGCACGAGGCUCUUGGUCGUCUGUGAUGUAGCCCUCGGGAAGUGCAUGGAUUUGAACAAAAAAGACUUCUCCUUGUCGGAAGCACCACCAGGUUACGACAGUGUCCAUGGGGUGCGAGCAACGGCCACUGUCACCACAGACUUCGAGGAUGAUGAAUUUGUUGUAUAUAAAACCAAUCAGAUUAAAAUGAAAUAUAUUAUUAAAUUUUGUAUAUCUGGAGAUGAAAUAAAGGACUUUCAUCCUUGUAAUACUACUGAAGUAGAGGAAUACAGACCUGAGUUUUCAAAUUUUUCAAACGUUGAAGAUUAUCAGUUAACAGAUGCCAAACCUUUCAGCAACAUCAAGUCUGGCCUGCAGGAUGUCUCUGGCAAUUCAGUUCCUCUUGAGGAUGUUCACAUCAAGGGAAAAAUAAUAGACUUCGUAGCCCAGGUCACUGUUUUUCAGACAUACACCAAUCAAAGUUCUGUGCCCAUUGAGGCAAGAUAUAUUUUUCCUUUGGAUGAUAAGGCAGCUGUGUGUGGUUUUGAAGCGUUCAUCAAUGGGAAGCACAUAGUAGGAGAGGUUAAAGAGAAGGAAGCAGCCCACCAUGAAUACCGAGAAGCCAUCAGUCAAGGCCAUGGCGCGUACUUGAUGGAUCAGGAUACACCCGAUGUUUUUACUGUUAGUGUUGGAAAUCUACCCCCUAAGGCUAAGGUCCUUAUCAAAAUUACCUACAUCACAGAACUCAGCAUCCAAGGCAGCAGGGCUGUCUUCUUCAUGCCCGCCACCGUGGCACCCUGGCAACAGGACAAAGUUUUGAAUGAAAACAUUCAGGAUACAGUAGAGAAGAUUUAUAUAAAGAAAAUAGGAACAAAACAAAGCUUCUCUUUGAGUAUGUCCAUUGAGAUGCCAUAUGAGAUUGAAUCCAUUUCUAGUGAUACACAUAAACUGAGACAAAAGCGCACAGACUGCAAAGCUGUAAUUAGCACCAUGGAAGAUAGCUCCUUAGACAGUGAUGGAUUCUCUCUUCACGUUGGUUUGUCUGACGCAUAUCCCCCAAGAAUGUGGGUUGAAAGACAUCCAGAAAAACAAAGUGAGGCCUGCAUGCUUGUUUUUCAACCUGAUCUCGAUAUCACACUCUCUGACCUAGCCGAGAACAGUGAAGUGAUUAUCUGUCUCGAUUGCUCCAAUUCCAUGGAGGGUGCAACAUUCUUGCAAGCCAAGCAAAUUGCCUUAUAUGCUCUGUCCUUGAUGCGUAGGAAGCAAAAGAUCAACAUUGUCAAGUUUGGCACAGGUUACAAGGAAUUAUUUUCAUAUCCUAAGUACAUCACAAGCAAUAAUACACCAACAGAGUUCAUUAUGUCUGCUACACCUACCAUGGGAAAUACAGACUUCUGGAAAACGCUCCAAUAUUUAAAUCUACUGUACCCUUCUCAAGGCUUACGGAGCAUUCUCCUUAUAUCUGAUGGCCACCUCCAGAAUGAGAGCCUGACAUUGCAGCUUGUGAAAAGAAAUGUCCGGCACACCAGGCUGUUCUCCUGUGGUAUCGGUUCUACAGCAAAUCGUCAUAUCUUAAGGACUUUGUCCCAGUACGGUGCUGGAGUAUUUGAGUAUUUUAACUCAAAAUCCAAACAUAGUUGGAAAAAACAGAUAGAAGACCAAAUGACUAGGUUACAUUCUCCAAGUUGCCACUCUGUCUCUGUCAAAUGGCAGCAACUAAGUACAGAUGCACCUGAGCCUCUGCUGGCUCCAGCCCAGGUGCAGUCCUUGUUCCACAAUGAGCGACUCCUUGUCUAUGGAUUUAUUCCUCAUUGUACACAGGCAACUCUUUGUGCAUUGAUUCAAGAGAAAGAAUUUUCUACAGUAGUAUCAACUACCGAACUUCAGAAGACAACUGGAACUAUGAUCCACAAGCUGACAGCACGAGCUCUGAUCCGAGAUUAUGAAGAUGGCAUUCUCCAUGAAAAUGAAACAAAUCAUGAGAUGAAGAAGCAAAUCUUAAAAUCUCUGAUUAUUAAACUCAGUAAAGAAUACUCUCUCAUAACACAAUUUACAAGCUUUGUGGCAGUUGAGAAAAGGGAUGGUAAGGAGUCACCUUCUCCUAAUAUUCCAAAUAUUUUGGAACUUAUUGCCAAAGAAGAUGUAGAUUUUCUGCCAUACAUGAGCUGGCAGGAGGAGCAACCAGAUACCAGUGUGGCACAGGUCCUACUAGAGAGAAGAGAAACAGUGGCCACCACCGAACAGAUGGGCAGUGGCAGGGCUGGGGAAAUGACUGUGUCCCAACUAGUAAAUAAAGAGCCUCUUUCAACAUUCUUUGAAUGGAAUGAAGAACUGCAACAACCACAUUUGACUAACAGAAAGUUUAGAUCAUCUCAGCUGGAAGAUUCUGAAGAUUUUGCAGUCAAAUGCUCUACCACUGAGCUAUACCCCCAAGAUUCUGAAGAUUUUGAAGAUAGUUCCCAACUAUCAGAAAAACCUUUAACACUCAACUUUGAAUGUGGAGAUGUGGAAAAGCCAUUGGGUUUAAGUCAGAUGGAUUCAUUUAAACGACCACUAUGUAGAGAUGCCCCUUUCCUGAAACUGGUUGGUUGUUGCAGCAUUUCUGCUGCCCGUGGUUCAGCCCGUUUGGAAGAUGAGCCCUUUGACGGUUCUGGUUUCCAUCAUCCUCCCCGCUUAUGUUCUAAGAAGGUUGCUAGGAGUCUCAAACAGUUUGAUCCAUCUAAGAAUGACCAAGACCUUCAAGCUGACUAUUUGGGUGACGUUACCCCUGUGUCAUGUACCCCUUUCAGACUGCCUCCCCCCUGUCUUGGUUCCUUUGCUUUUUCUGCUCUUGCAAGUACCUCAUUUAACUCCAGAGAGGUUAAUCUACCUGAAACUUAUCAAGGCCAUAAGACUGACAAUUCUGCUAGCAUUUUCCCUGAGUUGGACUCUCCCCUGCAGCCGAAUAUUCUUCUGCCUCCUCGUAGAGUUAGUUCUGCUGGUCCAUCCAGAGGGUUUGACGUUCAUUCCCUUUCUUGUUCUCUUUAUUUUCAAAAUUCUCCAGUUCAUUCCAGAGCCAGUUACAAGCCACCAAUAGAUCUGUUUGCUAACACUGAAUUGGAGGGUUCUUUCCGUACAGACCUUUCUGCUGGAAUUUCAUUAUCUGCCUCAAGUAAUGGAAGUUUUUCUGAAACAGAAAAUAAUGAAACACCAAAAUUUCUGGCAAGUCCUUUUUUUAAAAGAAAAAAAGUGGCAAAAUCUGAUAUAACAGGAAGUGACUUUACUGCAAGCUUUCAGGCACAAAAAGAUGAACAGAGCUGGAUGAAUUUUGUGCCUCGGACUGAACUCUUCAGGCUACAAACUGAGGAUGGCUUCUGGAAACUUACGCCAGAACUGGGAUUUAUAUUAAACCUUAAUAUAAAUAUUUUAAACAGCUUUCUUGAACAAAAAGGCAUUCGAUCUCUGGGUAAAAAAGGAAGAGAGCGUCUCCUGGACCUGAUCGCCACAUUUCUGGUGCUACAGUUUCUUCGCACCAAGUUGGAACAAAAGGGAAUAGUCUUCAGAUCACUGAUGAAAUUGGAUGAUGCUUCCAUUUCCAGAAAUAUUCCCUGGACUUUUGAAGAAAUAAAGAAAGCGAGUGAAUGGGUAAGAAGAACUGAAGGACAAUAUCCAUCUAUCUGCCAACGGCUUGAAUUGGGUCAAGAUUGGGACUCUGCCACUAAACAGCUAUUGGGGAUCCAAACCAUAAACACCACAUCUCCUCUUCACAGAGUUCUUAAUUACAGUCAAAGCUUAAUCAUCUGA